AUGGAAGAUCCAGUAACAGCGCAAGACUCGUACACAUAUGAAAGAAAGGCUAUUAUGGAAUGGAUUCGUCAGUACGGAACAAGCCCACUUACGUCGCAAACAAUAACUGCUGAGACACUUCUUGAGAACCAGAAUGUCCGAAAAUUAAUACAGGAUUUUAAAGCAAGAGCUAAGGAUCUGAAUUAUCAGUAUGAGCUUGGUGUUGAUAUUAGAAAGAAAGCACGACGACCUCUGUUUGAAACAUACGGAAAAACUAUAUACCCAGCUGAAUGGUUAACAAAUAUCGAUGGUCCCGAAAUUGUUUUACUUAAAAUGAAUGGUGCUCGAGCAAAAAAAGAAGCAUCAUUGUAUGUCAAAUUAAGUUGUCAUCCACACAUCGUACGGACAUAUGGACUCGUCAAUGUGAGGUCAGAUCAUCCAACUUCUAAUUCAAUUAUGUUACUACAAGAGGAAGCAUCUGAAGGAAACUUAUCUGAAUAUCUACUGGAUUUGGCAGAAUUACCCAAUGAAAAUAUUUUACGUGAAAUAUUCAUUCAAAUUACGGAUGCAAUGACAUUUCUAGCACGAAAUCAUGUUAUACAUGGAGAUUUAGCGUGUAGAAAUGUUCUUGUUUUUGCUUUCAAUCCGACUGAGCUAAAACGAAAUCUUGUGAAAUUAACUGAUUUUGGUCUUAGUCGUGCAAGUAUUUUAUACGCGACUGUUUCCUGUGCAUCGAGGACUGUUUUUGAUAUCGUGCCAAUUCGUUAUGCUGCACUUGAAAUCCUUCUGAAUAAUAGCCCUGACAGCUAUUCGGAACAAUCGGAUAUGUAUUCGAUGGGUGUGUUGAUGUGGGAAGCCCUGUCGAAAGGGACAAUGCCAUGGUAUCUACUUGAACACGAUGCAGAUGUACAACGUCAGGUUACGAGUGGAAAGCGUUUAGAACAACCUGCGAGUUGUAGUAGUAAACUUUGGCUUAUAAUACGAAAAUCUAUGGCACAACAACCAAAAGAUCGGCCAGAUUUUGACACACUCAGAACAAUGUUACUUCAAAAUUCUAUGCAACCAUUAUCGACACAAUGUGCCACUAAAUUCUUGGAAGAGGUAGAGUCACUACUAACAGUUGGUUGUGCCAUGUAUAGUAAAUUUCUACGUAGAAAUGGAGCGUCUUCGAAUAAACUUAGGUAA